CCACAAAUGUAAGAGAUAAGAGAGAGUCAGAGCAGAGUGAAAGUGGUCGUAAGAAAGAUCUGCUUACAAGAGACAAGAAGGGCAGAACAUUAUGGACUUCGGUGCAACUGUGGUACUGGCAGGGCUAAUCGUAGCUCUACUGUGGCUUUUCAGAGAAAAAAGCAGUAAGAAAUAUAAUUUGCCUCCAGGACCUGCUGCACUUCCUCUCAUAGGAAACCUGACAAAACUGGACAAAAAUGCCCCAGCUAAAAGCUUCCUAAAGUUGAGUGAAACCUACGGUCCAGUGAUGACGGUGCACCUGGGCUGGCAGCGAACGGUUGUCCUGGUAGGAUAUGAUGCUGUGAAGGAGGCACUGGUGGACCAGGCAAAUGACUUCACAGGCAGAUGGUCACUACCAUUUCUAGAAAAGGCCACCGAUGGCUAUGGUUUGGGGAUCAGCAAUGGGGAGCGUUGGCAGCAGUUGCGUCGUUUCACACUCACCACCCUGAGAGACUUUGGGAUGGGACGCAAAGGCAUGGAAGAGUGGAUCCAGGAGGAGAGCAAACACAUGCGGGAUUGCGUUGAAUCGUACAAAGGUGCACCAUUUUACCCAACGUCCUUACUGAGCCGCACUGUGUCUAACGUGAUCUGCUGCAUCGUGUUCGGCCAGCGCUUUACUUAUGAUGACAAGCAGUUCCUGCAUCUCCUCAACAUCCUAUCUGGCAUUUUAAGGUUCAAUAGUGGCCUUCUGGGUCAGCUGUACAACAUCUUUCCCUGGCUGAUGGACCGCCUGCCUGGCCCUCAUCACACUUUUUUUGCAGAAAUAGCAGAGGUGAGAAACUUUAUCAAGAUGAAAAUCAAAGAGCAUCAGGAGACACUGGACGCCAGCUCCCCACGAGACUACAUCGACUGCUUCCUCAUCCAAAUGAAUCAGGAGAAGCACAAUGCCAAAACCGAGUUCCACCAGGACAACUUGAAGUCGACAUUGAUGAAUUUGUUCCUAGCAGGAACAGAAACCACAAGCUCCACCAUCAGAUAUGCCAUUAGCGUGCUCAUCAAAUACCCCAAAAUACAGGAAAGAUUGCAGGAGGAGAUUGACAGUGUAAUUGGAAGAGGCCGUAGUCCCAACAUGGAGGACAGGAAGUCCCUAUCCUUCACAGAUGCUUUCAUCCAUGAGGUGCAGCGUUUUAUGGACAUCGUCCCCUUCAGUCUCCCCCACUAUGCCCUGCAGGACAUCUCCUUUCGGGGUUACACCAUUCCCAAGGGCACUGUGAUUAUUCCCUUGCUGCACUCUGUGCUCAGAGAGGAAAGGUACUGGGCAAAUCCCAUGUCAUUUAACCCCGAGCAUUUCCUGGACCAGAAUGGAAACUUUAAGAAAAGUCCCGCAUUCAUGCCAUUUUCUGCAGGGAAAAGAGCCUGUGUUGGUGAAUCUCUGGCGCGCAUGGAGCUUUUCCUCUUCCUCGUUUCACUGCUGCAGCAUUUUACCUUUUCCUGCCCCGAUGGACCAGACAGUAUAAACCUUGUUCCAGAGUACAGUGGCUUUGCCAACGUGCCUCGCUGUCACCAGAUCGUCGCUAUGCCACGGAAAACAAACUGUUGUGCAAUCAGUGUUUUCGCAGAGUUGCAGAGCAGAGGACACAACAGUAACAUGGACGUCUCUGCCACGUUGUUUCUGGUCGCGGGGCUCAUCUUGGGUUUGCUGUGGCUGAUCAGGCAGAGGAAGAGUGGUGGACAAUGUCGUUUACCUCCAGGACCUUCCGGCCUGCCUGUCGUAGGAAACGUCCUCCAGCUGGACAAAAAAGCGCCGUUCAAGACUUUCUUAAAGCUCAGUGAGAGUUAUGGCCCUGUAAUGACGUUGCACCUGGGCCCUCAGCGUGUUGUGGUUCUGGUGGGCUAUGAUGCCAUCAAAGAGGCUCUGGUGGACCAGGCAGAUGACUUCACUGGCAGAGGGCCUUUUCCUUUUCUGGUCAAAGCCACCAGGGGUUUCGGUUUGGCGAUUAGUAAUGGAGACCGCUGGCGACAGUUGCGUCGUUUCACUCUCAUGACACUACGAGACUUUGGAAUGGGACGCAAGGGGAUGGAAGAGUGGAUCCAGGAAGAGGGCAAACAUCUGGUGGCCCAUAUAAACUCUAACAAUGGUGCGUCUUUUGAUCCGAGCUACGUCAUAAGAUACUCAGUGUCCAAUGUGAUCGGCUGCCUGGUGUUUGGUCAGCGCUCCAGCUAUGGUGACGCCAAAUUUGAAUACAUUCUGCAGACAAUCUCGGGCUUCCUGAAAUUUGGCAGCAGUUCCUGGGGUCAGAUGUACAAUGUCUUCCCUCGGCUGAUGGAGUGGCUUCCGGGUCCACAGCACAAACACUUCACCAAAGUCGAAGAGUUGAGGGGAUUUAUUAUUCAUAAGAUCCAGGAACACAUGGACACCCUGGACCCAAGCUCACCCAGAGAUUUCGCCGACACCUUCCUCAUGAGAAUGAACCAGGAAAAAGACAUUCCCACAACGGAGUUCCACUAUGACAACUUGGUGUCAACAGUGUUGAAUUUGUUCUUUGCUGGCACAGAAACCACCAGUUCAACCAUCAGAUUUGCAGUGAAUGUGAUGAUUAAAUACCCACAACUUCAGGAGAAAAUGCAGCAGGAAAUAGACACUGCGAUUGGACAGGAGCGGUGUCCUUGUAUGGAGGACAGAAAGUCCCUCCCCUUCACAGAUGCUGUUCUCCAUGAAGUUCAGCGUUUUCUCGACCUUAUCCCCCUGAGCAUCCCACACUACAGCCUCCGCGACAUCUCUUUCAGGGGUUACACGAUUCCCAAGGAUACAGUGAUCAUUCCUCUGUUGCACUCUGCGCUGAAAGAGGAGAAACAGUGGUCCACCCCAUGGUCCUUUAACCCCCAGCACUUCCUGGACCAAAAUGGCAACUUUAAGAAAAAUCCUGCAUUUCUGCCAUUUUCUGCAGGCAAAAGAUCUUGUGUUGGCGAGUCCCUCGCUCGCAUGGAGAUUUUCCUCUUCAUGGUGUCACUGCUGCAGUAUUUCACCCUUUCUUGCGCUGGAGGACCGGACAGCAUCGACCUCACCCCUGAGCUCAGCGGCUUCGGGAACGUGCCUCGCAGUUACGCCAUCAUUGCCACACCACGGCAGUAAGGACAGUUUACUGCCCUCUGCUUACAUUUAUACGUUUACAUACGUUUGUAUUUUCUUGGGUCAUUCUUUUCAAAUUGAUAAAUCAUAAAAAAACACCACAUGCUACACAGAAAAAACAAGUAAUACUUAACAUUUACCCAAAUUCUCUCAAUCGUGACCGGGUGUGAGGCCUUUAACCCCGGCCGAAUGCCUCAGCACAGUGAGGUUUGACAAGGAGUGACAUCGGUAAUCUGAUAAGUUUAAGGUCAGGUGAUCCAUCAAGUGGUGUGGUGAGGCUGUCAGCGUGUGAAUGCAUGUUCCAGUGUAUCGCUAUCCUGUGUCUUAGGAACAGAGUGAACCACCAUGUCGGACUCCCUGGAUCACUGUCAAAGGCUCUAACAUACUGAGGACCCAUCAAAUUACUUCAGAGUGUCAGCUGUCAGCACAUUUGAUUAAACCUUUAUAAGACGAA